AUGCCAGAGCCCAAUGCGCCUUGUACCCAUUGCGGAGUACCUUGGGGAACUGUUCGCCUUCGGUGCUCUAAUGGAUGCAUAACCGUGAACUAUUGCAGCAAAUCCUGUCGAACGGAUCACUGGGAAAUGGUCCAUCGGUCCGAGUGCAUCCCAGACGAGGGUGUAGAAGGGCUCGUCGUCUAUUGCAACGAGGACCCCGACCCUCAGCGACGCGGGAACGCUGAGCUCCAGCGGUUCCCCCUGAUCGUCUCUAAGAAGUAUAUGCCUGCACCCACGUCCUUCUACUCUGAAAAAGGCCUCGAUAACAAAACUGCCAAAAUGUUGAUGCUAAGUCCGAAAACUGGACAUACCCCGGAAGAAUGGCAGCAGAACGUCGGCACGGUCUAUAUCAUCAGGGCUGACUACCGUCCCCUCCACGAGCUUCACCUCGACACCAUCAAGUCAUUUAUUCAGGCCCUCGUCCUGUCCGCAUCUGAUGGGCGCCGGCAUGGUACUGGCUUUGGCGAAGGUGUACCCAAACAGAUCACGGCAAUGACCUUUGGAGAAUGGCACAAGGUAUUUAGGAGGUGGAACAUCGAGAGGGGAAACACAGUCUUCACUUACAUGAUGCCCGAUUUCUCCCUCGCUUCCCCUAGUGAUGACCUGAGCUCCACAAGGACUGUGUAUUAUCAAUGUAUUAUUAUCCUUUUUAACCACGUCAGAAUCAAACGGGAUCGUCGCGUUCGAAUAGGAUCUACUGGCUCCUACUCCUGUCCCGCACCUCAGCGUGCAGACGACGUUAUUCGUGUCGUCGCUGUCCCCAGUGUCCCGAGCUGCGACAGUCUCCUCGUCCCUUGGUCACCAGGCCUGGGUCCCAAGAAGUUCGACAUUCAAACAUAA